AUGUCUCACGGACGAUACUCCCCGACCACCCGCCUGGCCUUCUCCCACAUCGCCAUCAGCCGCAGCGCCUCCUCCAGCGAGCGCGCCUCCCAUCGCCGCAGCAGCCGCAAAUCCAAGACGGCAAAGGUCACCUCCCAACCCUCGACCGGGGUCCUCUCCCACCAGCAGCACAUCUCAAAACCAUCACAACGCGCAGAACGCCGCCUCUGCACCUCCCGCCUCAAACUGCAGCGAUACCUGACCAGCCACGACUGGCGCGCAGAAAAGCUCCGCAGACUGCCCACAGACGCACAGCUGCGUAGUCUCGGCGUGCUCGACGCCGAAGGCGCGGUCCUGGCCCGGCCGCGCGAGAGUCCCGGCACGUGGCGCUCGGAGGCAAGGAUGAGGGAGAAGAGGAAGCUCCGUGGGCGGAGCAGGCUCACGGAGGUGUGUGUGAACCUCUCCGAGAGGGGCCUGGACGAGGAGUAUGGUGUGCUGCCGGGUGAAGAAUGGGUUGGUGAGGGGGAGGUGAGUGAGGAGACAAAGAUGAAGCUCAUCGUGGGGUGUUUGGAGGAUGAGGGUUGUAAAGAGGCGCUCAUGGCGGGACAAAGGGCGGAGGGUGUGUGGCGGAAUGUGGUAGGGGGUGGGGGUGGAGACAACGAGAGUGUUGUGAGAUGGGUUUGUGAGGAGCGCGAGAUGGAGGAGCGCAGGGUCAUGGAUCCGUGCUGUAUGGAGGUGGUGAGGAAAGUGAUGAACGGAGAGAGCACAUAA